AUGUCCAAGGACGGUCGUAUCAGAGUGGAUCUCGACUCCAAGAUCUGCAGAACACUCACAAAGCUGAUUCCCACGCCGCGCGAGCCUGAGUUUCCGCCCCCUUCGUAUCCCGGAACUGAAAUCUGCGACCUCCAUCUAAACAUCGUCAUCCAGGUCGUCGGCAGCCGAGGCGAUGUCCAGCCUUUCAUUGCCUUGGGCAAUGAGCUCCAGAAACACGGCCAUCGCGUGCGCUUAGCCACCCAUAACACAUUCGAAGCAUUCGUUCUUAAAUCCGGGCUGGAAUUCUACCCCAUCGGCGGAGACCCGUCUGAGCUGAUGGCGUAUAUGGUAAAGAAUCCCGGCCUGAUACCUCAGAUGAAGAGUCUUCGCGAUGGGGAGAUCCAGCGCAAGAGAGCUAUGGUAGCGGAGAUGCUGACCGGAUGCUGGGAAUCAUGUAUUAGCGAUGAUCCAGUAUCGGGUGCGCCGUUCGUUGCGGAUGCUAUAAUCGCUAAUCCACCGAGCUUUGCGCACAUUCAUUGCGCUCAGGCUCUUUCGAUCCCCGUGCAUAUGAUGUUUACUAUGCCUUGGAGCAGCACGAGGUCAUUCCCUCACCCCUUGGCGAACCUGAAGUAUUCGAAUACAGAGCCGAAGACUGCUAACUUUGUCUCGUACGGCAUUGUUGAAUGGAUGACUUGGCAAGGUCUCGGCGAUGUGAUCAACGACUGGAGAGCGACCCUUGACUUGGAGCCUGUGCCUGCUACCGAAGGUCCAUCACUAUGCAAUACUCUCAAAGUACCCUUUACAUACUGCUGGUCUCCAUCUUUCAUGCCCAAGCCUAUCGAAUGGCCAGCCCACAUUGACGUUUGUGGGUUCUUUUUCCGUUCGCUCCCAGACUACACGCCAGCCCCCGAUCUGCAUGCGUUUCUCCAAAAUGGAAGCCCGCCAGUGUAUAUUGGAUUCGGCAGUAUUGUGAUUGAGGAUUCUGCAAGUAUGACGGCGUUGAUACUCCAAGCUGUCAAGACGCUAGGCAUUCGGGCUAUAAUCUCCCGCGGCUGGAGUCACCUAGGCGAGGAGAGUUCUAACGAUCAAGUAUUCUAUCUCGACGAUUGUCCCCACGAGUGGCUGUUCCAGCACGUCUCUGCCGUCGUUCAUCAUGGCGGUGCAGGUACGACAGCAUGCGGGUUACGUUUUGGAAAGGCUACAACUGUUGUGCCAUUCUUUGGAGAUCAAUUGUUUUGGGGAAACUUGAUUGCCUCUCGAGGGCUUGGGCCCAAACCUAUCCCACACAAAUCUCUGAAUCCCCAGAACCUCGCCGAUGCGAUUCGAUUCUGCCUGACUCCGUCUGCGCAGGCCGCGGCUCGGGACGUAGCAAACCAAAUGCGCGAUGAGGCUGGCGUCAGUACGGCUGUUGCCUCGUUUCACCGCAAUCUACCUCUGGACCGGAUGCGAUGUGAUCUGUUGACAUCGGAGCCAGCAGUUUGGAAGUUGAAGAAGUCUUCGAAACCGUUCUAUUUGUCCCGACUUGCAGCCGAGGUAUUAGUUGAGCACCACCGGUUGAAAGCGAGUGACCUUGAGCCUCAUGCGAGCCAUGAAAUCUACAUCCAAAAUCGUCGAUGGGAUCCUGUCACAGGUACCACUUCAUCUCUGAUUGGCACCGGUACCGAUAUCAUGAAAGCGACAGGCGACGCCUUCCUACUCCCAUACCAAGAAUUCCGCCGUCAUCCACAUACCCCAGGGGAAAUUACCGGUCCUUCCAACGAGCGGUCCCCCAGUGUCUCAUCAACAGGGGCUUCCUCAAUGGUGACUACCAAUUCCGAAAGACAGUCUAGACUCAAGACCACAGGCGUGGCCAUGGCUGCUUCGGCAAAGAGUCUAGGCAAAGCGGUAGGUCACUCCUAUAAAGGCAUGCUCAUCGACAUGCCAUUAGCGGCGAGUGAGGGACUCCGAGCUGUACCGCGACUGUAUGGCGAUGAGGUUCAAGACCAUGGUGAUAUCAGAGAUUGGAAGUCCGGGGCUAUGUUCGCAGGGAAGAAUUUCGCACAUGGCAUGACGGGAGGAUUUACAGGCCUGUUUACGCAGCCUUAUAAGGGUGGUCAGAAAGAGGGGGCUAAGGGUGUGAUGAAGGGAUUAGCCAAGGGGACUCUUGAGAUGGGGACGAAGGUCUCAUCAGCUGCUUUGGGGCUUGUGGCCUAUCCGGCGCAUGGAAUGAUGAAGAGCAUGUAUACUGCAACACAUUCGGGGACUCGAAAACGAAUCCUGGAGGCCCGGAAGAGAGAAGGGAAGUAUUUAGAAGAGCAUACAGAGAAGGGCCGAGUUGGUCGACAGGUUGCCCUUCGGAAGUUCGAAGCUCAGCAACUUCGGGCCACUACUAUACAGGGCUAG